GGUCACAAAGCAAUCUGAUUUCUCGAUGGUCGUUAAACGAUGAAUCGAAAACAAAAACAUGCCAGAAAAACAAAGCAGAUCACUUGUGGAAAAUUUCCACACAAGAAUUUACGAAGAGCCCACAACAGGUUAAAUUUUUCUUCAGAGGAGAAACCUCAGAAAGUAUAAUUCCAAGAAAACCUACGUGAGAUGUCUCGGCAAUUUGUCAAAUUAAAGCAAAAGAACUGCGAGUUGAAAUGAAAGAAAUGGAGGGCACGUUUAGCAACGAAACAAACCACACAUCUUCAAUGAAUGGAGGUACCGCGCCAUUGCCACCAACGUUUCCAGAAUACCUUCACCAGCCACUGUGGGCCCAUGUGUUCCAAAUCACCCUGUGGUCAACUGUGGUAUUCCUGGGAGUUAUUGGCAACCUCUUGGUGUGCACUGUAAUACUCAGACGACCCAGGAUGAAGACGACGAUGAAUUAUUACUUGCUAAGCUUGGCCGUUGCAGACUUAGGAGUUUUAAUAUUAAUCUAUCCUGUGGCUGUGCUAAAAUACCUAAGACCAUUUCGAUGGGUUCUAGGAAAGCCGGCAUGUUUAUUUAUGGUUCCUACACAGGAGAUCUUCUUUGGAUCCUCCAUCUGGUCCAUAACAGCAAUUGCCAUCGAGAGAUACCGAAAUAUAAUUGGCUCUAAACGAUAUCAGCUAAAUCGCGGGUCUCGAACAACAACCUGGAUGGUUAUAAUGGGCGUCUGGUUGGCAUCAUUUUUAGUCUCAUGCGUUCCUCUUUACCCCGUUAUUACCUACGAGCCCUCUAUCCCAUUAUGCUAUCCCGAUUGGUCAGAUAAUUAUGGAGGAUAUGCUGUUUUUGUGUCUUACUCGGUAGCUCUUAUUGUGGUUUGGUAUGCCCUUCCUCUCUCUGUUAUCGCAUUCACGUACAUAAGGAUCAAGAAUCGUGUACAUCGUAGUGCUGUGUUCCGACAGUCGAUGUCAAUUGGCGAUGAAAAGGAAGAAAUUCUCUCGUUCCAGGCUCCAAAAAACCACGAUAGAUCUCGUCAAAGAAUAUGGCGACAGAGCAACAAAGCAAGACAGAUUCUUACCCCACUUGUUGUAUUAUUUGCCGUGACAAUGUUCCCACUGACCGCCUUUCGGCUCCUAAUACUCAUCAAGCCCAAGGUUUGGACCAGCCCCUACUAUAACCUGUUAAUGGGCCAAGUAACAUUAUUCGUUAUGGUCAACUCCUCAGCUAAUCCACUUGUGUAUUACAUCACAAGUAAAGAGUUCAAAGAUGCACUCAAGGAAUUGUUUAAAAAAAGGCGUUUCCAGUCAUGGAGACAGUGCAGUGACAAAGGAGGUAAAGCAUCAUCUAUCUCGAGAACGACAGGCGUUUAAGGACAAAAUCAAGAAGCAGCAGCAGAUAAAACACAAUGGUAACGACACACAUCGCCAAAAGUUACGCUGCCUGCAGCUUGCUAGGAGCCUGCCUCGGGUUGUUCGAGAUAACGCUAUCCACUCGAUAAAUCUCUAUCCUUUGGAUAGCGAAAUACCUUUUGUACUCUGGAGAGCGUUUUAUCCGGUGGAUAGCGUUAUGCGUUCUUUGAACAACUGGGUCCUGAAGAAAAUACUAUAUUUCGAUUCAAGUGGAUGGAUAAAGUUGUUAUGAAGGUAUAACAGCCAAUGGAUCGGCCAUUUCAGACCAGGGAAGUGGAUCUCUUAUGUACACCUGCUUAUGUUAACAGUCUUGGAAAAACCGUCCAUAUUUAAUUCAAGUAGUAGGAUUAAGUUGUCAUUUCAAGAAACUGGAGUAGCAAUAGUAUCGAAGUGGCCAUUCAAAACAGGUGUAAAAAGUUGAGGUGUGGACAAAACAACUUAUUUAUCAACUCUUUCACUCCAGGAAAGUGGCUCUCAAUGUAUGCCAGUAGCCUGCAGAAAAACACUUCAUUUACAUUCAAGCAGUUUGAUAAAGUUCUCACGAGGAUAAAGUAACUUCUUGUGGGAAGGGCCAAUCUGAGUGCACGGUGGUUGUCUUUGGUAACAACCGUUUGCCAAGGCCUUGGAAAAAACUAUAUCGUGCAAUUUAACUAAGUGGAUUAGAGUGGCAUGAGGAUAACGGAGCCAACUUAUUUAGCUACGAUAGUGUGGCGUGCAGCGAGUGCUGGGAAGCUGCAAUUGUACGAAGAAUCUAACCACUCUAUUUAAGCAACCGAUCAAUCAUUUGUUACAGGCAAAGAAAGUUAAAAGCGCAGUACAGUACUAGCUGUAGUCAAUACUGCAAAAAAAGUUGAAAACGUUGGAACUAAGAGCAAAAACAUUGACGUUUUCAGACGUAUUUGUUUAGUUCAUGAAUAAUAUACUUUCAACAUCCCUUUAGAAAUACCUUUUGAAAACAACAUGCAUCAAACCAUGCAAACCAGUAGUUCGAUUUAAGAGCUGCGACGAUCUGAACCUUAGCAAUCACUCUAAAAGAUGAAUCGUUGUGCAUUCUACAAUACGCGACUUUGCUAAUACUGGGGUCAGAAUGAACGCUGGGAUUAGCCAACCCGGCACCAGUUCCCUCAAGGAGCAGCCUCGAUACUUUUUCAUAAAAAUGAUAAACGUGAUUUCACUCUCAUACUCCCCAUAGAGUUAGCGUAAGUAUUAGUGACAACUUGUCAACAACUGGUUCUGGGAUUCUUCAUAGAAUUAGUGCGAGCAUAAGAAAGCAGUAUCUGCAAAUGUUAGUGUGCAAGAUCAUUAGAUAAACUACCCACUUCUCUUUUUAAUAUUGUAAAUCACAUGAGAGAUUAGGCUACAGGACUUCUAUCGCGAAGCUUCUCAGCCCAUUUUCAGUAAAACUAUUCAUAGCUAGAGCCAAGUGUAACAACCUUUGAACCAAAAGAGAUAAAAAGAAAUUCAACCA